UUGUUUUUGUCAAAACCUGAAUCUACACGACUGCCGAUUUGACUUACCAACAGAGGCUCGAGUCUCCGAAGUCGGUAAUUCAGCAACACAUCGACCGCACUGCGUUCCAGAUUCCGUCUUUAUCGGCAAGAGUGACCGCCUAGAGACGAAGCGUAUAGUGCUAUUUGCGUCAGAAACGGUAUUUCAUACCGAAAAAUAAACUCAAUACGUCGCGAAGAAAAUGACAAAAUUUUCAAGACAAAUACGUAUGCUGCGAAGCCACUGAGGACCCGAUCGAUCCACUCACAGAUCGAACAUCUUGAAUCAUGAAUACGCAAUCAAAAAUCGCCGUGGACUGCGAAUCAGUCACGCAAUCACGCACAAUACGAGCCCACAUAACGUGUGUACGAAACGUUGCCGAGCAACCGCGGCGAGUCUCUAAACGUAAACAUUGGACGUUCUGUCGUUCAGUCCGGCUUCCCGAGGUUCACAGAGUUAUAAACACGGAGAAAUGUCGUUCCGGGAUAUGCGGAGCGGUGAAGGCAAACGUGAAACUGAACACGAAAAAGCUCUACCAAGCUGAUGGAUACGCGGUGAAGGAGUUACUGAAGAUGACAACACUGCUGUACGACGCCCAAAAUCGUAGCACGGAAAAGGCGAUCCUGAUGGGGGAUAGCAUGGAGAUAAGCGGGGCUAACUUCGACAUCUCGAACAGGAUAAGCGAGCUAAAAACUACGAGGCAGCUGGCUAGUCAGCUGACGAUAAACGGGGCGACGCUGUUCGACCUCCUGGGGCGGGAAGUCGAGCUGCGGGAGGCGAGGAACAGCAAAAUUUCGCGGCAGUUCGACACUUCGGAGAUCGAAGUGGCGAUGAAACACGUGAUAGAGAGCAUAGGACAGGAGAUAACUGACACGAGGAAGCAGAUCGAGAACAUAAAGGACACCGAGCAGACUCUGGAUGCGAAGAUCGAACGGCGACGAACGGAGCUCAGCCGGAACGAGAAGCGUCUUCAAACCCUGAGGAAAGUGCGCCCCGCCUUUAUGGAGGAGUUUGAGAAACUCGAGGUCGAGCUUAAGGCCCUCUACGAGGAUUACCUCCAGAAGUUUCGCUACCUCGCUUACCUCGAACACCUCCACGAAGACGCCGCCAAGGCCGAGCAGGAGAGGUUCGAACGAAGGCAAGCCGCGACGAAGAAACAGCUCGAACAACUGAGAGGGGAAGACGUUACGCUGGAGGGACUCCUCGACGGAAGUGACUCGAUAUUCAAUUCGAACCAGGAAACGAUCGGCCACAAUUUGGCCGACGCCGAGAAGCAGCUUCAGGAACGAAUCGGCCAGGGGGUGCGGAUCAAGACCGGUAAGAAUUGGCCGGAAGCGACGGAGAACCAUCUGUAUGAUUUCAAGUCCGAAUCACUCUUGACUGAACUGCAAACCAGCAUGGACGGCGGAUCAUCCCGAGGAAACGCUCAAGCGUUGCAGCGUCGCGUUUACGGAAGCAUGUCAGGACGACAGCGCGCGGGAGUUGGAACGGCCCUGGAUUUGAACGAUAGCGUCGGCUCGUUGGACAGCGACAGCGAUCUCUUCAUCGACGGAGACUUGGAAGACGACGACGACCUCCUGAACUCGGAGGGGGACCUUGAGCUGGGAGUAUUGCACCCGAAAAGCAAACAGGAAAAGAGAUCGGUCAGCAAGAUAGAUCAUUCGGACGAAGAUUUUUGAGCGAAGAAUGAUUAAACGAGAUUAAUUCUUUCGGUUGUAUCGACGCGGAUGGGAUGUUUACUCGAUACGGUUGAAAUCUGACCGAAAAUCCGGGUGGGUAAUUGAAACUAGUUUUUACGCUAUUUCCGACAAUGCGAGGCUUAAUUGGAUUGUAAGUACUUUUUGCUCGCCGUUUCGUUUCUUCCUCAUUUCUUUUUAAUUCGACUUGUUUUCCUUGUCACGAUAUACAGUUGUUAUUCGGUGUACGGAUCGGGGAUUCCUGUCAUCACUCGCAACGUCAGUCAAGGCUGAAUUGGAGUUUUUUGAAUCGCGGGAAAUACGCAUAACACAAACCGCGGGCAUUCUCUGAACUCGAAUCUGAUUCAUUGAUCUUAAUUAGCUGCAAAACGCGAUUCGCAACGCCGUGAGUGAUUCGCGCUUUCGCAAUUAUAUGCUCGAUAAUGAUGAUAACGCCGAGUGGAGACUUCCGUUUCAGAUAUAUUUUGUAUAAGGAUAUAUACCUAUAUGUAUAUACACACCUAAUUCUGUUUUUGUCACACGGAGAUUGAAUCCAAGUGAAAAAAGUUUCGGGACCAAUUGAUCCAGCGAUAUUUCAGAUCGAAGAUUCUGGUGUUUUUUCCUUCCUCAUAUCUGAGCAGAUACCAAGGGAUAACAACCGAACUGAAUUUAAAAAUUUUGGAUCUAAAUAAUUAGGACUUAUCGUAAUAUACUGAUUUAUUUUUCGAUAUAAGUAUCCUUUGGCAUUGACGCUAUCGCGAAAAUGCGUACCUAGUUGGUAGAAUACAAUGUUACGUAUGUGUUUUAUUGUUACACGCAUAAUUCGUACUCGUGUCGGCAUUGUGUGCGUAAACUUGUGUACCUAUGACGUGUAAGUUAUACGCGAAACGGAUUAACGUUACUUUCGAUAAAGAAAAAUGAAAAAUUUUUUAUUCGUAGAUUCGACUUAUACGUUGUAUUGUGUAAUAAUAAUAUACAAAUCUAUAUAUAUACACCUGCCUAGAUGCACAUAUAUACAUGUAAUAUUGAUUAUUAUGUAAUUAGGUACUUUUAUAUAUAUAUAUUCUAUAAUAUAUGUAUACAUAGUAUUGUGGUAAGACUAAAAUCACACAAAAAUAAAUUGUACAAGUUUAAAGAUGUAUUAUAUAUAUACAACCGGGUGUCUUAAGAACUAGAAAAACAAGAUCCCGAGUUAUUAUUAUUAUCAUUAUUAUUAUAUUACAUACAAUAUAAUAAUAAUAAUUACAUCGUUAUCGGAAUUUUUUCAUUCACCUAAACAUUUGUCAUCACUUUUUCUUAAACAACAAUCAUUGGUAACAUAAGGCAAACCUCGAAAUGUGUGUCUGGAAGGGAAGAAAAUUUUUUAACCAAUCACUAACAAAUAUUAUCCAUAAUAAUAAAUAUUAUUCAUUUGAAAGUUGAAUAAUUAGGAAAAAACAGCUCACAUUUUUCGUUACUAUUAACUAUUUAAUGAUGUACUUUUUUCAAUUUUCCAUGUUAUGUAGAUAUGCGUCCGUGUUGCUUACCUCGUAUUGGCUUUACUUAUAAACAUGUAAUAAUUUACAUUCGUCUAUUUGUUUUUUCAUUUAUGC